AUGGUCCCUCGGGUCCCUGCUGUGCUCCUAAUCUCUUCGUACAUCCUCCUGCUGAUCUCCGCAAAGCAGGCGCCGCUAAGCAAGUGCGCCAUCGUCGCUCUAGGCGGGUUCUCAUCUUCCUCGGUCCAUUGCUGCGCGGCUUUCCGCACGAUCGGACACAGCGGGUCUCGCUUUAGUGCCGCCCUCCUCGCCGCGUCCCUCGCGGCCUUACAGACGAGGCAGCCCCUGAGUUCGCUCCUUGUGGCGGCGCCCGGGGUCUCUCUCCUCGCCUCUCCCCGCAUAAUCCUCUCGUGGCGCGCUCCGUGUGGCACCCCCGCCUGCUGCCGCACACGCGCUCCCACGACCGUCUUUGUCCACGUUGUGAUCAUCCACGUCGGCGAAUUGUAUCUCACGCUCGCCGUGCUGAUCCUUGAUCCGCUGGCGCUUGUCCCAUAUUUGUCGUCGUUCCCCUGA